CUAUUUAAGUCCAGUGCCGGCUGACAGCCCCAGCAGCCUGUCCUGUGAACCGCCAGCAUGGAUGACAUCUACAAGGCUGCGGUAGAGCAAUUGACAGAAGAGCAGAAAAAUGAGUUCAAGGCAGCCUUCGACAUCUUCGUGCUGGGCGCUGAGGAUGGCUGCAUCAGCACCAAGGAGCUGGGCAAGGUGAUGAGGAUGCUGGGCCAGAACCCCACACCCGAGGAGCUGCAGGAGAUGAUCGACGAGGUGGACGAGGAUGGCAGCGGCACAGUGGACUUUGAUGAGUUCCUGGUCAUGAUGGUUCGGUGUAUGAAGGAUGACAGUAAAGGGAAGUCUGAGGAGGAGCUGUCUGACCUUUUCCGCAUGUUUGACAAAAAUGCCGAUGGCUACAUCGACCUGGAUGAGCUGAAGAUGAUGCUGCAGGCUACAGGCGAGACCAUCACAGAGGACGACAUCGAGGAGCUCAUGAAGGAUGGAGACAAGAACAACGAUGGCCGCAUCGACUAUGACGAGUUCCUGGAGUUCAUGAAGGGUGUGGAGUAGACGCUCACCUUCGCCGGAGCUGCCCAUGCCCACCCUCCAACUUCAGCCAGGCCUGGGUAGGGGGUUGGGGGCCAGGGUCCCCAGGACCUGAGCCUGUGUCCGGCCUCAACCCCUGGCGCUCCCUGACUCUCUCCCCAGACCUGUCCUGGAGAAUGCAAAUAAAGCCUUGCUCCCUGGAA